UUCCAGGCUGUAGGCCCUGGCAGAGCCUGCCGUCGGGGCCGCCCGGCGACAGGAGGCGGCGGCGCCAGCGGCGGCAUGAGCUUCCACCAGCUACCGGUGGUGAUCGACAACGGCUCGGGAAUGAUCAAAGCGGGCCUGGCUGGGAGCCGGGAGCCCCAGUUUGUCUCCCCAAACAUUAUGGGCCGCACCAAGGGCCACGGCUGGGCGGCCGAAGGCGAGCAGGAGCUGUACGUGGGGGACCAGGCGCAGGCCAGGAGAAGCUCGCUGUCCGUCAGCUACCCAGUGGAGCGUGGUCUCAUUACUUCCUGGGGGGACGUGGAGAUCAUGUGGAAGUAUAUCUAUGACUAUAACCUGAAGCUAAAGGCAUCUGAUGGCCCCGUCUUGAUUACCGAGCCAGCACUGAACCCACUGGCCAACCGGCAACGGACCACUGAAGUGUUCUUUGAGCAUCUGGGUGUUCCCGCCUUCUAUAUGUCCAUCCAGGCUGUGUUGGCUCUCUUUUCUGCUGGCUUCACUACUGGCCUUGUGCUGAAUUCGGGUGCCGGCAUUACUCAGUGUGUGCCCAUCUUUGAAGGGUACUGUCUGCCUCAUGGUGUCCAGCAACUAGAUCUGGCAGGCCUUGACCUCACCAGCUAUCUCACUAUACUGUUGAAGAACCAUGGUGUCAUGCUGCUUAGUGCUGCAGACAGAAAGACUGUUAAAGACAUUAAGGAGUCCUCUUGCUAUGUGGCAAUGAACUAUGAAGAGGAAAUGGCCAAGAAGCAUGACUUGACAGAGAAAAUUUACAGACUACCUGAUGGGAAGAUUUUCAAGCUCCGUGAUGAGCUCUUUACUUGUCCAGAGGCCCUCUUCUCCCCCUGUCUCAUGAGCCUUGAGGCCCCUGGCAUUGAUAAGAUGUGCUUCAGCAGCAUAAUGAAAUGUGAUACAGAUCUGAGGAAUUCCUUCUUCUCCAAUAUUCUUCUUGCUGGGGGAUCAACCUGUUUUCCUGGUUUUGACAAGCGGCUAGUUAAAGAUAUAGCAAAGGUGGCUCCUGCCAACACCCCAGUACAGGUUACAGCUCCCCCAGAAAGGAAAAUAUCAGUGUGGAUGGGAGGUUCUAUUCUUGCAUCCCUGUCUGCCUUCCAGGACAUGUGGAUCACUGCUGCAGAAUUUAAAGAAGUUGGACCCAACAUAGUACACCAAAGAUGCUUCUGAAAUACAGAUGAAAUGGUUAGAAGAAAAUGUUUUGCAUAUUUGCAUAUAUGUGACAGAAAAAUUUGGAUAUUAUAUGUUUCUGGGAGAACAGAAAAUACUUCAAUUAUUGGGAUGUGCAUGUCUUUGUUGCUUUUCUAUAAUGGGGGGGAUAAUAAUGGUGAAGCAGUCAAACAACAGAUGUUUAUUGAGUAGAACCAAGUUAAAUAUUUUAACCAAGUUAAAAUAGUGUUUCCUAUAUUGUAUCUUCUGAAGUUGACCUUGGGAGCUUACAUUUCCCUUGGAGAGAGCACAUAGUGGUAUGUAUACUGUGUGCCAAAUGAGUGAUCAGAUUUAAGCUUGUUGAAGUUUAGGGAAAGAAGGUUGCUGUCACGAGGAAAGACUUCAUAGCAGAGAUAUGCUCUUAGAAGACAGGGAUUGUGGGCUUUUCCUUUUCAUUUCUGCCCCCUUCUCGGAUGCCUUCCAUGGUACAUUUCAAAUGGAGGACCAAUAGCGAUUACUGCACGUUUACCCAACUGAACACGAGUAAAACUUUUAAGAUCAGCCUCCUGGUUACAUGGAAAACCGCAUUAUUCUGGCCAUUAUAAAAAUCUGCUACAAUUUA